CGCUGACCACCCCGACCAUAAACAUGGUUCCCCCAAGUACUCUCCCUGGGGGAACGCCCAGUUCCACCAGGACGCUCAGCACUCAAGUCAGUGAUGGGAGUGUAGCCACAGGUUUUACCACUUCUCCUGCAGGUGCAACACCCAGCCCUCCCUCACAGGCCACUAGCACCAUCAAUGUUGCCACUUCAACCACACCAUCCAUGAGCACUCUCUCCAGCGAGACACGCAGCCCCACAACGGCACACAGACCCUCAGGAGAUACAAACAGUACAGUAAGCGGUCCGACUUCGAACACAGCAUCUGCAAGUACUGCCUCGCCUGAAGUUCAAGUCUCCCCAACUACGCCGAGCCCCACAGACAAGCCAGACACCCAUGCACCCACACACAGCACUUCCGUGAACAGCACUACCCCGCUGAGCGCCCCGACUAUAGACAUGGUUCCCCCAAGUACUCUCCCUGGGGGAACGCAUAGCUUCACCACAAUGCUCAGCACUCAAGUCAGCGGUGGGAGUGUAGGCACAAGUUUUACAAGUUCUCCUGCGGGUGCAACACCCAGCCCUCCCUCACAGGCCACUAGCACCGUCAACGUUGCCACUUCAACCACACCAUCCACGAGCACUCUCUCCAGUGAGACCCGCAGCCCCAUAACUACACAUAGCCCCCCAGCACAUACAAGUAGCACAGUAGGCGGUCUGAUUUCAAAUACAGCACCCACAAUUACUGCCAGUCGUAGCACUUCCAUAUUUACCACAAUUAUCACACCUACCACUACUACAAGCCAGAGUACUAGCAAGACUUCCAGUACCAAAACUACCAUUGGCAAGAGCACCAUCCAAACUACCACAGCAGAGCUAUGCUACAAUGGUGGAACCUAUGAUGGAAUCAAAUGCAUCUGUAAUGAGGAUUUAUUCUAUGGGCCCAAGUGUGAGUUUCCUGUGGAUGAGAUCCCUGUCAAAGAUAGUAAGUACAAUCAAGGAGAGCUUGAUGGUUCUUUCCAGAUGACAGCCUGCUACAGCUUUCUCAAACUGCUUGCAUUCCAGAUAUAUUGGAUUAUAUCUGCCAUCAUAAUAGAAUAAAAAUAAUUGGUGCUC